AUGAACAGGAAGUCCUUAUUUGUCAGGAAGUCCUUCACUCUGCAUGUCAAAGAUGGAGGGGUGGUGGAGUCCCCCGGUUUCCCCGACAACCCGUACCCCCCAAAUGUGUUUGUCCAGUGGAGGCUGAAGGCAGAACCAGGAUACCGGGUCAAACUGGACUUCCACACUCUAAACCUGGACGACAACUGUGAGGAAGACUUUAUCCAUCUGUACGACUCGCUGGCUCCCAUCAAGAACCUCCUCAUCACCGAGCAGUGUGGGUAUCCGCAUCACUCUCUCUCUUUUCUGUCGUCUGGAAACGUGAUGCUCCUGACGCUGGUCACAAACAACGAGAGAAACUUCCCAGGAUUCAGAGCAAACUACUCCCAGAUUCAACUCGAGGAGGCUGAAUGUGGACGUUUGAUGACCACUGGCAAAGGUGUUUUCUCCACUCCUUUCUACCCUUCCAACUACCCACCCAAGACCAGCUGCACCUGGAACAUACAGACCUCUCCGGAUAAGUUCAUCAAAGUCCAGUUCAGGAAGUUCUCUGUGGGUUCGGACCAAGACAAGACCUGCUCCAAGGACUAUGUGAAAGUUGAAGACCAGAGACUGUGCGGGAGUGAGUUGAAAAGUCCGGUGCUGACUUUCCGCAGCCCUCAACUCUCCAUCGUGUUUCAUUCAGAUUCUUCAAACGUGAGCCAAGGUUUCACGGCCGAGUACGAGGCCUUCGUCCCCACAAACCCGUGUCCCGGGAAGUUCCAAUGCUCGAAUAAUCUCUGCGUGGAAUCAGAACGAAAAUGUGAUGGAUUCGACGACUGCGGAGACGGAAGUGACGAGAAGAACUGCGUCUGCUCAGUGUCGCAGCUGAAGUGUAAGAACAGUUUGUGUAAACCCAAGUUCUGGGAGUGUGACGGGUUCGACGACUGCGGAGACAACACCGACGAGGACCACUGCGAAAAGUGCAAAGUGGGAGAGUUCCUGUGUUCCAACGGCCGGUGUGUGUCUGAGAGAGUCAAGUGUAACGGAGCAGAUGACUGCGGAGACGGGUCUGACGAGGCCGACUGCGAGAACUCCCUGUUCUUGGAGUCGUGCUCUCGGUUCUCGUUCCGCUGUAAUGACGGCCGCUGCGUGAGUCGCGCUAACCCCGAGUGUGACGGACACAGAGACUGUUCUGACGGAUCUGACGAGGAAAACUGUGAGUGUGGGGCGCGUCCAUACCGCUCGUCCAGAAUAGUGGGCGGAGUCGCGGCUCGAUCGGGGGAGUGGCCGUGGCAAGUGAGUCUGCAUCUAAACGACGUCCAUGUCUGCGGCGCCUCGGUCCUGAACAACAGAUGGAUCCUGACCGCUGCCCACUGUGUGCACGACAGCGCCACCAACAGGUUCAUCUCCGCAGACCAGUGGGACGUGCUCCUGGGCCUCCACUCUCAGGGCAGCGCCAACGAGUGGACGGUCCAGCGCCGAGUCAGGAGGAUCCAAGCCCACUCGGACUACGACCCCAUGACCUACGACAACGACGUGGCUCUGAUGGAGUUGGACAACGAGGUGGUUCUGAACCAGUACGUUUGGCCCAUCUGCCUCCCUGCAAAGACCCACCGCUUCACCCCCGGGACCCAGGCCUGGAUCACAGGCUGGGGGGCCACCAGGGAGGGAGGUGCUGCUGCAGUGACCCUACAGAAGGCCUCAGUGCGUGUGGUGAACCAGACGGUGUGUGAGUCCCUGAUGGAGGGGUCUGCGGUCACAGAGAGGAUGCUGUGUGCGGGGGUCCUCCGGGGGGGCAUCGAUGCAUGUCAGGGAGACUCCGGGGGCCCUCUGUCGGUGCAGGGCCUGGGGGGGAGGAGCUUCCUGGCAGGCGUGGUCAGCUGGGGCGACGGCUGCGCCCAGAGGAACAAACCCGGAAUCUACACCAGAGUCACAGAGUUCAGGGACUGGAUCAAGACCAACACCGGGAUCUGA